CAUGAGUGUGAAUGGCGCGAACUCAUCUUCCGGCACGUCGUCGCCGCCGCAGCGACGGCGCGCGAGUGUAGAUGCAGGUGCUCUUCAGAGCGUCGCCAACAGCAACUCAGGCGCCAACAGCGGCCAAAGUUUGAUGGCUGGUUCGAGCAGCAGUGGACCGCGUGGACUCUUCGGAUCAGGGAAUGCCUCCCAGAAUCGCCGCCCAACGCAAGGUGCGAGCGAGCCCGUCGUACCGGUGAUGCCCGAGACUCGGCUUACGGAGUUUCUGGAAAAGAGCACGUUUUGCGCAGUCUUGGAUCCUCUCUUACGAGAACUGAGACUUCGCGAGCAGGCGGCUGCUGCAACGAACAAUGGGCCUAACAGCAAGGAAAAGUCUCCAGCAAAG